AAACGAGAUUGACAGAUGCUUGUCACUCGAUACGAAAACAUGUUAGAAAAUGCAAUACACAAAAUAACAAUACUUAGUAUCUUGAUGUGAAAACUGAAGAAACCUAGUAGAUAACAUGGAUAAAAAGAAGAAAGGGAAAGAUAAAUUUGUUGAAAAUGACGGAAAGAGUGAUGGCAAAACAUCAAAAGCAGAAUCAAAAGGACCUGAUUCAAAGUUGGACAGUAAACCAUCAACAGCAGCUACCAAAAAGGACAGACAAGAUGAUAAACCUUCUCCAAAAAAGAAGCCUAGAAAUAGACUACCUCCAAUCAAUGAUGCAAGGAGUAUGGUUGAAAUGGGAACGGGUCAGGAUACAGAAUUAGAUAUGCGUAAAUCUUUUACAGCACCUGAUCAUGCCAAGACAUGUUACUUUUACAAAGAACAAGACUACACAUUUUCUGGUGUCAAAAUUCCUGUUAAUCCUAGGAAAUAUAAAAAAUGGGACGUCUUACUUUUAGAAUUAUCUAAAAAAAUUCCUGGCUUAGGAUUUGGUGUUAGAAGUGUAUAUACACCAGAGGGACAUGAUGCCAUUUCAAAUCUGGACGGGUUAACUCAUGAUGGUAAAUAUGUUUGCUCUUCAAACAGAAAUAGAUGUAGACCAUUGAAUAUUAACCGAGUUCACCAUAAUCCUUCUUGGUUUAUGACACGACCACCAAGUGGUAGGAGGGCUUAUAAUGAUAUACUAAAGGAGGAUGUUAAAUACAGAGACAUGAAAGUAAAACGAGUAAAAAGAGAUUACGACAUGACAAGUGUAUACAACAGAAAUCAACCAAAGAAAGUGACAAUUUUACGGAAUGGUGAACCUACAAAUCGCCAUGUGAUGUUAUUCAACAGAAAAACAGCUCAGAAUUUUGAACAGAUUUUAAAAGAUUUAAGUGAUAUGUUUAAAACAGCCAUUUGGAGAUUAUACACAAUAGAAGGCAGAAGGAUACUGAGUCUAGGUAACCUGUUCAGUGGACCAGAUGCAUUAAUUGCAGCUGGACGUGAACCAUUCAGGAGUAUGGAAGGUUCAUAUGAUACAAGAGGAAGCCAGGCCACAUCCAGAAACUUCUCUAGAACUGGCAUGGGUACCAGAGGAUCUGAUAUGAUAGCUAGCAGAAUGAAAACAAGAAGGGAUAGACUUGCAAAUACAAAGGGAAGAUGGAGAGUAAAUGUUAUAACAAACAAGAAUCGACAUGCUGGUACACAAGCUCAAGUAACUCUUACUGUUUAUGGUCAUAAAGGCAAUUCAGGACCAAUAUCACUUGGUACUGGUGAUGGGGAAAAUUUCCAGAGUGGUACUGUUGAUGAAUUUGAUGUAAAUGUUGGAAAUGUUGGUGAAGUAUACAAGAUAAGGAUUGGACAUGAUGAUUCGGGAGAUUCUCCUGGGUGGUUAUGUGAUGAGGUGAAAAUGUUUGAUAUUGAUACAAGUGAAGAGUUAACAUUUACCUGCCAUAGGUGGUUGGCAAGAGAUGAAGAUGAUGGGGAAAUAACAAGAGAAAUAGCAGCUAUUAGAAAAGGAGAACCUAUAUUGCCAGCUAUAAGGUAUGAAGUUACAUGUGUAACUGGUGAUUUAUGGAAUGCUGGCACAGAUGCAAAUGUUUACAUUACCAUAUAUGGUGAUAGAGGAGACACAGGAGUAAGACAACUCUAUUCCAAAGACAAAGUAGACUUAUUUAAAAAGGGAAAAACAAACAAGUUUACUGUGGAAGCUGUUUCUCUAGGACAUCUUAAGAGAAUCAUUGUUGGACAUGAUGGAACAGGCAAUGGUAAUGGAUGGUAUUUAGAGAAAAUAUCAAUCAAAGAAUCAACGAGACAACACGAAGAAAACAAUUUCUACUGUGGAAAAUGGUUAGAUGAAGGAGAAGAUGAUGGCAAGAUUGUCAGAGAAUUAAAAAUACAAGAAGAAUACAUGGAUGACAUUCUAGAAAAGAGAAAUUGGGAACAAGAAAGAUGGAAGUUUGAGAAGGACUGUCGAGUGAAGUUUUAUUCUCUUGCUUCUGGUAAAGCAUUAAGAGCUAAAAAGGACAUGAGUGUUGAUGGACUUGGUAUUCAGAUGGACCCUGAAAGUAUAUUUAAUGUUUCUCUAAAGAAGGCAAUGAUCAGGAUGUUUAACAGUGUUCGUAAUCCUAAUAAUUUUCUUGCCAUUGAUAGUGGGAAAAUUACAAUGCUGGGUAAAGGAGGUCCAUUUUGUGAAUUUAGAAUACGGGUUCAGGGUGAUGGAUCUGUGAUUCUGGAGUCGGUGAAGAAUCCAUUACAGUUUGUUACAAUAGGAGAGGAUGGACAUCCACUGGAUGUGAGAGCUAUCCUUGAUAAAGAGCCAUCAAGAAGGUUCUUUGUCUACUGUAAGGGUAUAUUUAGACAUAGAGGUACUGUUAUGCUAAAUACAUCAUCUUCUCAAUGUAUAAACAUCAACUCCGACUUCACUAUGACUGGCACAGGCAAGAGAAAUAAAGGUGCUCAUUUCAUGGUACACAAGGUAGAUACUGGUGGAGUUAGGAUGUUUGAAAGUAUAGCACAUCCUGGCAAAUAUAUUAGACUGAAAGAUGGAAAGAUUGAUUGUUUGGGUAGCAGAGAUGAAGCAUCACAUUUCAUAGUAGAAAAACAUCCAGAAGAAGGCAGCAUCAGUUUACAAUCUGCUUCACAGAGAGGCUUGUAUCUAGGGAUGAAGCCAGAUGGUAGGGUGUGGCCUACAGUUGAUACUGGAGUAAGAAAUACCAGUUUGUUUCCUGAAGUUAUUGAAUUUGGUGUCCCUAAGAGUAAGAGUACAGAGCUUAUAGAAGAAGAAGAAAUGGGAAGAGAAGAAACACCAGUUAAAACUAAACCAGAACCGAUCAAGAAAGAUUUUGCAGUAUAUGUGACUGAUGAUAUGGACACGUCAUUGUUUGGAGAUGGUGAUUGGAGUAUACAAGUGUCAACACUGGAAUCUCUGGAUGAGAAUGCUGAUGUUGCCUUGGUGGUUUAUGGAGAUUUAGGUACAUCAGGAUCUAUCUUACUGGGAGCACCACCAGGCAAGAAAAUAUUUACAGCAGGAAAUAAUGAUGAGUUUAGGGCCAAUUUAUCAAAAGUUGGAAAUAUUUACAAGAUAAGACUUGAACUGAUACCAAGAAGUUCAGCUGAUCCGUCAUGGAAAGUCAAAGAUGUCAAAAUGAUAGAUCUCAACACCAACGAAACACUUGUGUUCCCAUUCAGUAAAUGGUUGUCGAAAGUACAGGAAGAUAGGGAAACUAUGAGGGAACAACCAGUCAGGAAAAAUGGGGAACCAGUUUUGCCAUUGGUGAGAUAUCAUGUGAUUGUGACAACAGGAAAAGAAUCAGGAUCAGAAACAGAGUCCAAUGUAUAUAUCAACAUUGCUGGUGAGAAAGGAGAUACAGGAAAACGUAUGCUCUUACAAUCCAAUAAUGUAUCAAAGUUCAAGGUGGGACAGACUGACAUAUUCCAUGUUGAAGCAGUAUCACUAGGUGUACUACAGAAACUGACCAUUGGACAUGAUGGAACAAUGGCUGGACAGGGAUGGUAUUUAGAUGAAGUUGUUAUCAGGGAAUUUGAAGAUGCCAAAGAGGAAUAUAUCUUCCCAUGUGAAAAGUGGUUGGAUACAGGAGAAGAGGACAGAAAAAUAGAAAGAGUGCUUUAUGUGAAGGAACCUGCCCCAUGUGCAAGAUUUGUCAAGGAAGUAAGAGAGGUACAUCCCAGUGUAGAACCUGAGGUGUCCACUAUACAAGAGGAAGAAGAGGAACCUCCCAAAGAAGAAGAAACCAUUGUGACUACAGAAGGAGAAUGGAAAAUAUGGGUAACAACAGGAGGAAAAGAAGAAAUGUCAACAUUAAAUCGUGUCAUGUUGUAUGUAUAUGGGUCAAAUAAUGUGGCAGGUCCAAUGUUACUUGGAAGUGGAACAGAGGGACAUUUCCAGGCUGGUGCUACUGAUGAAUUUAAGGUUAACCUUGGCACUAACUUAGGAGACAUUUACAAGAUCAGAAUAGGUCAUGAUGAAGAAAAAGAUAACAGUGGAUGGUUUGUAGAAAAGGUUAAGUUACAAGAUUUAAUGGUUAAUAGUAAAACCACUGAAUUGUCAGUAAACAGAUGGAUGUCAAGACAACAGGAGGAUUGUGAUGUCUGGAGAGAGAUACCUGUGACAUUCUUUGAUAAACCAUUACUGCCAGUUGUGGUUUACACAGUAGAGGUAUAUACAGGAGAACAACAACAGUCAGCCUGUAGUUCUAGAGUAUCUAUACUAAUGUCUGGAGAGAUAGGGGAUUCUGGGAAGAGGAGGUUAUACCAGUCAUCUGAAGGAAAUACACCUUUUAAUACAGGAAGUAAGGAUGUUUUCAAAAUAGAAGCAGUAUCUUUGAGUAACUUGGAGGAAAUCACCAUCAGUCAUGAUAACAAUGGUGAUUAUUCAGGAUUAUAUCUGGACAAAGUUAUCAUCAGUGUCCAGGAUGAACAGUUUUACUUCCCAUGUGACAGAUGGUUGGUGGAAGAUGAUGGUGAUGGUAAAUGUGAAGUCAAUCUGAAGCCUCAGCCCAUGCCUAAAGAAUCUAAAGGAGAAUAUAGAUUAUCUAUAAAGACAGCAGAAGAUUCCCUGCCUGCCAAUGGUGGAUCUGUGACAUUUGUAUUAUAUGGUGAUGUUGGUAGGAGCGAAGAGAUCAAACUGUUCUCUCAAACUUCUACAUCAAGUUUGUUUGAACCAGGAAACAUUGAUAAGUUUGAGAUUUUCCCUGUACCAAUAUCAGCAGGAGAACUGGGUGAACUGUAUAAAAUCAGGCUGACAAAACAAGAUAUAAUUCAGUGGGAAGGAUGGCAUCUGUUAGAGAUAAAGAUGCAAGAUGUAGAAACAGAUGAAGAAUACACAUUCCACUGUGAUCGCUGGUUAUCUCGUGACAAGGAAGAUUUUGAUGUUGUAAGAGAAUUCCCUAUCAGUAGGAAGACAGGGUCUACACCACAAGUUAAAGUAUAUGAAGUAAGCAUUCAUACAGGAAACAAUUGGGGAGCAGACACUGAUGCCAGUGUGUUUAUCAAUAUAUUUGGUUCUAUAGGAGAUACAAGCAAAAGACUUUUGUACCAUUCCAAAAAUAACUCACAAAAAUUCCAGCGUGGACAAAUAGACUUAUUUGAAAUUGAGGCUGUAUCUUUAGAAAACUUAACACACAUUGAGAUUGGACACGACAGAAAAGGUCAUGGUGCUGGGAUGUAUCUAGAUAAAGUUGUGAUAUCUGAGAAAGAUGACUCAACUAAAGAGUAUGUCUUCCCAUGUCGAGCAUGGUUAGAUGACAGAGAGGGUGAUGGGAAGACAUGGAGGACACUUCCUGUUUUAGAUGUUUUAGAUACUAAAAAGGUUAAACCAAAGCUUGAUUCCAGUAAAACUGCUGGUAAAUGGAAGAACGUUCAGGUAACAGUAAAGACAAGUGAUUUGGAUAAUGCUGGAACAGAAGCUCAGGUCUACCUCACAGCAUAUGGUACUAAAGGACAGUCAGAUAAAUUAUCUUUGACAUCUCCAGAUAGUUCUCAUAUCUUUGCUAAAGGUGCUGAAUCAGAAAUCAAUGUAUCUUUUGGUGAUAUUGGUGACCUAACAAAGAUCAGAUUAGAACAUGAUGGUACCAGUAAACAUCCUUCAUGGCAUGUUGAUUGGGUGAAAUUAACAGGAGGUGACAAUGAUGAAGUAAUGUUUUAUAUAAACAAAUGGUUUGCUAUAGAUGAAGAGGAUGGACAGAUACUCAGGGAAUUUUCUGUUAUAAAUUCAGAUAGAGUACCACAGCCUUCUUGUCAGUAUAUUAUUAUAAUUGAGACAGGAAGCAAAACAAAUGCUUCAGCUAGUAAAGGUGCUGUGUAUAUGAAUUUGAUUGGUAACCAUAGCGACACAGGACUGAGAAGAUUAAACAAGUCAUUAACCUCCAAUGCAGAACCAUGGAAACCAAAACAAGAAGACAUUUACAUGAUAGAAAGCAUAUCUGUAGGACAAAUAGAAAAAAUACAUGUUAGAUAUGAAGGAACUGGAACAGAAGAAUGGUGUCUGGACAGGAUCAGUAUAUUUGAUAAAGUUUCAGCUAUCUCUAAGUCUGUCUUCAAUUGUUACACAAUGUUAAGUACAGAAACAGACCAGAUAUCUGUCAGUAAAGAAUUUGAUUUGUCGGAAACCAUUCCUGUCUCUUGUCCAUCAGAGAUUGUACAAAAUAUGUACAAAGAUAUAAGACCACAAGUAUCUCGAGGUAAUUGGACUGUGUGGAUACACUGUGGGCCAGACAGCAAUGGUGGGACUGAGGAUUCGGUCCAUAUGAUUGUAUAUGGACUCAACGGACAGUCCAAACCUAUUCAACUAAAUGACAAAAUGGAAUUCAAUCAAAGAUCAAUAGUCAAAACUGAUAUUAAUAUAGGGGACAUGGGUGCAAUAUUUAAAGUGAGAUUAUACUUUGGUGGUGACUACACUGGAUCUCCAUGGUUCCUUUCAAGUUUAAAAAUGAAGGACCAUGAUACAUUACAAGAAGUUAUUAUGAGAGUAGAUAAAGAGUUAGUUGGAACUGAAGGAAAUCCUGAUGGUAGUUUAGAAUUGCCAGUAACUAGACCUGAUCUAUCACCACUAGAAGAAGAUGAGUUUACUUUGUAUGUUGCCACUGGUAAUCAGGAUAUGGCAGAUACAGAGGCAGAUGUAUUCUGUUGUCUCAUUGGUCAAUUUGGAGACACGGGCAGGCGUAUGCUGUCAAAGUCAAACUCACCAGUUCCGUUCACAACAGGACAGGUUGAUGAAUUUGUUAUUAAAAGUUUGGAUCUUGGGAAACUGCAGAAAGUUGUAAUAGGUCAUAAUGAGAAAGGACGAGGAAGAGGAUGGUUUUGCGAACGUGUACAAAUUAAAUCUAAACUUAAUCCAGUUAUGAAGAUAUUUCCAUGUAACAGGUGGAUGGAUACAGGUUGUGAAGACAGGAAGUUGAUGAGAGAAUUGCCAUAUAUUGGAGAUAUGCCAGUAGUGGCUCCACCUUCAGGGACAUCAAAGGGUAUCUACACAUGUACAGUGACAACAGCUGAUAGAGAGAGACUACCUCCAAAAGGUUUAGAUAGAAGUGAGAAAUCUCGCAUGGUAUCACUGAUGGUGUAUGGCAGUAAAUCUGUGGUUGGACCAAUAGAACUGGACAAACCAGGAGCAGAUUUGUUUUUACCAGGACAUGUUGAUGUGUUCAAGGGAUUAUCUAUUGAUGUCGGUGAAAUCAAGAAAAUCCGAGUUUGUGCUGGAUAUGAAGAGGAUCCUGAAUCUGUUUGGACAACUGAAAAAAUUGAAUUAGAAGACGACGAUACUAAAGAUAUUUUCACCUUUGACUUUUCACAUUGGGUUGGAGAGGUCAAAGGUGAUUUCAGGAAAGAAUUACCAGUUUUGAGAUUAGGAAAAGGUCAAAAACAAAUAUUUCCUUAUCAUGUGGAAGUUCACACAAGUGAAGAGGAAAUGAAUGCAGCCACCAAUUCUCAAGUAUUUAUUACUCUGUAUGGAAUGCUGGGAGAUUCUGGCAGAAGACUUCUAAGUAAAAGCCGGAACAAUAAAACAAAAUUUCAAACAGGACAGAUAGACAUAUUUACUGUGCAUGCAGUAGACCUUGGAGAAUUAGAGAAAGUAGUAGUGACAAAAGGACCUGGGAAUCCUUGGUUGUUAGAAAAAGUUGUUGUUAAAACCUCUGACUUUGCUUCACAAGAAAGCAUAUUCUCUCAUGAUAAUUGGAUAGGGAAGAAAUCUGAUACACCAGCAGAAAUAGAGGAGACUAUAAGAUUAACAGCUGUACAGAACAGUCAUGUUGUUAUACCAGCCUUGGGGUCAGACAACUUACCUAUAUCUAAAGGAAGAUGGAAGCUUACUGCAGAGACAGGCGGUAAUAAGGGAGAAGAAAACUUUGGAGAUGUUGUCAUGGUACUCUGUGCCGAAGAUGAGGAAACACAACCUGUCAAAAUAGUCACAACAAAAGAGAAGCCAUUCCAGAUUGGUCAGACAGAUGUAUUUGAUGCAAAGUUUUCUGAAGUUAUAGAAGAGUUAUAUAAGAUCAGACUUGGAUUCCAAGAUAAUACAAGCAAUAAAGGAUGGCUCAUUAAAAAGAUAAAGUGUGAAGAUUUAGAUACGGGUGAUGUGUUUAGUUAUGAAGUAAAAGAUUGGAUGGUUGUUGAUGAAUAUAAUGAUGGAUGGAAGGAAGUACCUGCAGCAUGGCCAGCCAUUAAUAUACCUAAAGUGCUACAGUACCAAAUAAAGACAUACACAGGAGAUGUAAGGAGUGCUGGUACAGAUUCUGACGUGUAUAUCUACAUCCAUGGGGAACUAGGCAGUACUGGUCGUAGAUUACUGAAAAAGUCAAAAUCACAUGAUGAUAAGUUUGAAAGAAAUCAAGAAGAUUUAUUUGUUGUUGAGGCUGUAUCGUUAGGAAAGUUACAGAAAGUUGUCAUUGGUCACAAUGAUGAAGGUUUAGGAUCUGGUUGGUUCCUCCAGAUGGUUGUGAUUACUGAAUCAGAGACUGCUACAGAAGAAACUAUAUUCCCAUGUGAUCAGUGGUUGUCCAAGGAAGAUGGAGAUGGCAAAAUAGAAAGAACUUUGAUUGCCAAGAGACCAGGAAGUGAAACAUAUCGAUUAAGGGACAGAACUCCUUCAUCAAAAGUCAAACCUAAAAUUCCCACCCCAGUUGUUGAAGAGAACUUGGCAUCAGAAAGAAAAUCAAAAUCACCAGAGCCAGAAUCAAAACCAAAGACACCAACUCCACUACCUCAAACAAAAUCACCCACUCCUGAAACUCAAAUAAAGUCACCUUCACCAAACCAACUAGUCAACACUUCACCUGAACCAAAGACAAAAACACCAGAACAAGAAGUUAGAACUGAAACACCUGAACUAGAAGCAAAGACAGAAAGUAACACAAAAACACCAUCUCCAAUUGUCAAUGAAAGAACAAAAACACCAGAACCAAAGGAAAAGUCACCGUCGCCUGAACCAAAAGUCAAGUCACCAUCUCCUGAAUCAAAAGUCAAGUCACCAUCUCCUGAACCAAAAGUCAAGUCACCAUCUCCUGAACCAAAAGGCAAGUCCCCAUCGCCUGAACCAGUUACUGAGCCAGUCAAAUCACCAUCACCAAAGCCAGGAGAUGUAGAAGUCAAAAAAGAAAAUGAUGCAGGAGAAAUAGAAUCCCCAAAGUCAUUGGAAAAACAACCUGAUGAACUUGUUAAAAGUCCAUCUCCAGAGACCACUGAGCCUUUGGUAUCUCCCAAACCAGAGACUCCUAAUAAGGAUCCUGUUGAUGGAGACUUCAAAGUUACAGUGGUCACUAAUGGUCAGUCUAAAGGGUUUGAUGAUCAAGUCUACUUAACAGUGUUUGGUGAUGCUGGUAACUCUGGACAGUUACCAUUAGGAGAACCUGGCACAGGACUGUUCCAGGCAGGAACCACAGAUAUGUUUGAGAUUAAACUGGAACUGGAAGAACUUGGAGAAACACGUAAAAUAAGACUGGAGCACAGUGAUGUAAAACCAGGAGCUGCCUGGGCUGUUGACAAGAUCAUUGUGGAAGACUUAUUUAGAGGUGACAUAAUGGAGUUCCCAGUGAACAAGAAUUUAACCUUAGCUGACCCAGGAAGUGAUAUAUCUGUGGAAAUACCAGCACAUCAUAAAAACCAUGUCUGGCCAGAGAGUUCAGGAGUUGAUGUAAAUCAGUAUGUGAUAGAAGUAGAAACAGGUGAUGAAGAAGGAGCAGAUACCAGUGAAGUAAUACAUGUUAACCUGUUUGGUACACUAGGGGAUAGUGGCAAACGAUAUCUCAUUCAUAAUACGGAGAAAAGAACUAAAUUCCAGAGAGGUCAGACGGACACAUUUAUUAUUGAAGCUGUAGACUUAGGUAGGUUGGAAGCUUUAAUUGUUGGACACCAUGGACAUAGCCCAAGUUCAGCAUGGUUCCUGGAGAAGGUUUCUGUGAAAGAAUCGGUUACAGAUACAACUAAAUACAUAUUUCCUUGUGGAAGCUGGCUACGAGAUGAUAAUGAUCUUGGUGUAGCAGAGCUUGAGUUAUAUAUGGAUCGUGUAGAAAAAGAAGAUCAGAAUAAUAAUGCUGACGAAACUGAUGGUGCUAACACUGAAGUACUCAAUACUCAAAAUGAUCAAUCAAAUAAACACACUGAAGAUAAUUAUGAUAACAAGUCACCUGACAAUACUGAAAACAAAAACAGUGAUGAAAUAGAUAAAGUAGAAACUUGAAAUAUGGAAGAUUUAAAAUCAUUAAAAUGUUUGAAAAAUUACAAAAAUUCACUGAAACUUUAUAAGCAGGACCAAAUAUAUCAAUAUGUUAUAAGGAGGAAUAGUGUUCUUAGCCUUUUGUUUUAAGUCAGAAUGGAAAUAUGUGUUUUGUUAGUUAUUUAUGUAACUACAGCAAAUGUAUUGUCCUUGCCAAUAGUCUUAGAAUAGUACAGUUAUGUAAAACAGUAUAUUGUAAUAUUGAAAGGUGAAUUUAAACUGUAUUGCUUUUAUGGUAUGGUAUUUCUUGUUAAAAAAAGUGACCUCAGAAAAUUGCUUGUUUAUAUUAGAAUAUUAUUGUAUUGUUUGAGUUUAUGUCAACUUAUAAUUACAUAUGAUACAUUUUGAAAAUAGUAAAAUGCAUCUUCGCAAGCCAAGGGUUACGAUCCAGUCCCCUCCUCUUCACCCUUGGAGGAUUAAGAUAGAAUUUUCGGAUCCACGAUGUAAUAAUUUCCAUUGAUUUCAGUUGUAACUGGCUGCAUCCAAUCAGAAAAACACCUCUUAGAUGAUCAGAUGUAAUUGUAGAAAAAGUAAAUAAACAAUUGCUGAUUGUGCAAUAAGUCUUUAUUCCCAAAACAUAGGAUGAUAUUGAGUGACAAUUUUAAAGAACUAGUUGAAGUUCCUGGGUAUGUUUCUCGCGCAAUUGUUGGAAUGUCAACGUAUAUUUUUGGUUCCUGCUGCAUGAAAUGUGUAAACACUAGACACAACCAUUUUUACACCUCCACACUGAAGAGAAUUCAAGUGCUGCCAUUGGUCAAGAAUGAUGAAGUCUGAAUGGGUGUGACUUUUAUCUGAUGGUAGAUGGCGCAGCAUUGUAAUCACAAAUGUUGGCUUAUUCUGCCAAGGGUGAAGUGAAGGGGACUGGAUCAUAACCCUUGGCUUGAGAAGAUGAGUAAAAUGAUACAUUUUAUCGUAGAAGACCAUACAUAAUAAUCAAAUAAGGUUGUCCCUGUUUGACAUUUUUACAGGUAUAAAUAUAAUUUGAUAGAGUACAUAUCAAGUUUAUAAUAAAUCCGUCCUUUUCAUACUCUCAUGAAUUUCUAUAAUUUGAAUAAAAUAGAAUUGUUUUUAAAUGCUGAAAGAUUACUUUUUGAUGGCAGAAGUGAUGAUCCCUAAAGAGCAGUUAUAGUGGUAAAGUGCUUUAAAUCAUACAUGUAUACCAGAUCUGGAGACAAAAAUUUAGUCCCUUGUUUCUGCACAGUAAUGUGAGAAUAUUUGUGCCAAUAUCAAUUUUACAGGUGCCAAUUUAUAUAUUGUACAGUUUUUUAUCCAAUUUAUCCAGCAUAUGACGGAUAAAUUUAAAAGCUUUACAAGACACACACCUGAAUGUUAGAAAUUCAGUUUACAUGUAAGAAAAAUGUAUAUAUAAUUUACAAAAUAAAUUAUGUGAUUAUUAUUGAGAAUUUUAUAUAUACGUAUACGUUUUAUUCAUGUGAGGCUGUGAUAUUGAUUGUCUGUGAUAUAAUAUUAUUUUUGUCUCAUUUACUUUUCAUGUACUUAAACAUUCUUUAUACAUUCCAUGAUUUUCAUAGUUAUUUAUUGAUGUGGGUAUCUGCCGACGACAAAACGGUUGAAUCUCAUCGUUGGAAAUACAAUUUAAAAAGGAUUUCAGAUAAUGCAAAUAAGCAAACAUUUCAUGUCAUUUCGAGUCAAACUUUUCAUGUUUAAAUAUUAAUUGAAAAGACCAAAUAAGCCCCAAAAUGUGCCUUCUCCUUUUAUACGAUGUGAAUUAACAAUACAUUAUACAAUAACAGACACAAGAUGGUGUAUUGCAAACAUGUUUUAACCUUAUCACAUACAUAAUGUGCCUCUCCAAAGCCAGGAGACUAGUUUAGUGAUUGUCAUUUUCUUCAUAUUUAUGUUUCCCUUUGAAGUUAAUGAAUAAGUUUUUGUUGCCUCAUGAAUUUUUCACAAUUUUAGUUUGUUAUUGUUUUGUAUUUUUUUUCGCAAAUCCUAAAGGCAUUGCAAUGACCUGUAAAUGUGUUAUGCUAAAGGCAUUGCACUGACUUAUUAAUGUUGAUUUUCAAUUUAACGUUGUUUUGACUGUUAGGUGUCUUCAUGUCAAAUACUGGUACACCAUACCUCAUUAUUUUCAUACUUUCCUUAGAGUAUUUUAGAUUUUGUUAAUUUCCUUGAUAUAGCUAUAUCUACUUUAAGGUGACUGGAGUUAAAUGUUAACCGUUUAAUUAUUUAAAUGAGCAUGCAGCAUUGAUAUAUUAUAAGAUGUCAUCAAAAUAGAAAACACUAUUUCUUAUUGAAUGCAAUGGUAAAAUCUGUAUGUCUUUUUCUAGCGCAUAUCAAAUCCAUAUGAUGUCUUUUGACAACAGUGUACCCCUUUUGAAAUUUAUUCAUACUUUGAAAGAAAUAUUUCUCAUUGGAACAUUAUUAAAGAUAUUGAUUUCUACAAGAUUUUGUGGAAAACUUUUAUAGUUUGAGAUUGUAAGUUGUUUUGUUUUUUUUUUUGGGUGUUUUAAAUCUUUGUUAUAGACUUCAAUCUUGUUGUUAUAUGAAUAAAAAAAAAUAUGCACUUUAGAUUUGGAUCACAUUUCUCAUAUAUCAUUUCAGUUUGCUUGUUUUCUAGGAUAGUAGUAGAUUUUUACAUUUGUAAGUUUCAUCUAUACACUAGUUAAAAUAUAAAUAUUUCACAAAGUCAUUGACUCAAUAGUCUGUUAGAAAGAAAUGAGCAUAAUACCACACAAUUUGUACUGUGAAUUUAUAAUUGGGUAAUAAAGAUAGAAAUGUA